AUGAAAAAAAUUCCAAUGGAGUACCGAAUUCCCAAGGUCAAAAGAGGUCCGAAAGAACCGGAGACUCCGAAAGAACCGGAGGAUCCGCAACAACCGGAACCCCAGCGGUUGGAGCCUCAACGGCCGGAGCCCCGACGGCCGGAGCCUCAGCGGCUGGAGCCACAACGGGCAGAACCGCAGGUGUUGCAAUUGCAACAACAACUGCAGCAGCUCCAUUUGCAGCAGGAGAAUCCGCUGCUGUUGCAACUGCAGCAGCGUGUAGUGCAACUGGAGCUGCAGCAAACGCGGGGGCAUCAAGUGCACUAUAUCCCGCAACGAUCGCAGCCGCACCGGCCGCUGCGACGGCAGCCGCACCAGCCACAGUAUAUCCCUUACCAGCCGCAGCCGGACCAGCAUCAAGCUGGAUAUACUCCUUACCAGCCGCAGUCGCAGCCACAGCCGUACCACCUGGACCAGCAUCAAGCUGGAUAUACUUUUUAUCCUUACACCUAUCCUUAUUUCUAUCCUUAUAUCUAA